AUGCUCUUGGGCCCUUACGCCCUGAGCAUGGCAACUACCGGCGCUCCCCACGAAACGAAUUUGCAUUUGCGCGCUUGUCCUGCCAAUUGUUACGGACCUCCGGAACAUUGGAAUGUCUUUUCUUCGUUUGAUCGAGUUGGGAUCUGCGAGCAGCCACUCCUGUUGGAUUUUGCCAUCCACCCGCUCUUGGAAGACUCAAACACCACGGUAAAGCUGAGAUCAUGUACUCUCAACGAUAGUCUUUCUUAUCCAAUGCAUUCUUCAUUUGAAGGAACCGAACCAGUUAACCUAGGCCCUUCGAUCUGUUUUACGGCUGAUAAAUCCACGGCUUCCUUUGACUUGUCUAUUAGUGAUGACAGUGGCACAGCUACUAUGAACGACUUGCGAAACACAAUUAAUCUCUUACAACAGCAGUUCAUGAAUCCAGUACAUUGCGAAACCAACUUUCUCGUCGGUCAUGUUAAGGGGGCUAUCGUUGCCAUCUAUAGUGGCCCCGCCAUCGAGAAAGUCAAGACGAUUCCAAACGUCUUGCGUCUUGUCCAAGAACAGCUCAACGCCACGCCUUCAAUUGAACCACCCAAAAACGUACAUCUUCAGCUGUGCGAUAAAGGCCGCAAUGGCGAUCACAUUCUUGGGGUGGCUGUAAACACUGAGGGAAAUUUUUCUGCUGUUCAAAACGCUAUCCGUUUAUGGAACCAAGCCACUUGCGUCAAAGAUGUGGAAGAACGUUCAAUAAAACUUCAUGACAUCGAAGUAUUCAAGGCUUCCACACCUUGUAUCUACAACAGACUGGUUGGUUCAAGCAAUACAAGUGCUCUUCAUCGUCUAGCCAGGGGUCAGACCGGUCUACGACCUGGCCAGAUGAGUUGCUGUUCAAAGCGAAGCCUACCAGUCAUCACUCCGAAGCCACAUCCAGAUGGCAGUUGUGCCACUUACACUAUCCAGCCUGGUGACGAUUGCUUUCGAAUUGCCGCUUCCAAUGGCCUGAAAACAGAUCAACUGGAUAAGCUCAACGACAAGACCACCUGGGGCUGGAAUGGCUGCAAAAACCUCCCCAUCGGUACAAAAAUUUGUCUUAGCAAAGGGUCUCCUCCGUUGCCAGCGCCAGUGAGCAACGCAGUGUGUGGUCCACUUGUACCCGGCACAAAGCCUCCUUCUCCAAGGCAGAAGCUUGAGAGCUUGAAUCCAUGUCCUCUUAACAGUUGCUGUAACAUAUGGGGGCAAUGCGGUAUAACGCCAGAUUAUUGCACUCCCGCGGACGGUCCUAAGGGCAAUCCUGGAACAGCGCCGCGAGGGAAGAACGGUUGCAUAUCCAACUGCGGCGUUGCAAUAAAGAAUAAUGCUAAACCUCCCUCUUCGUUCCUAAAUAUUGCGUAUUACGAGUCGUGGAAUUGGGAUCGCCCCUGUCUCAAUUACAGAGCUGAGGACAUCCGCGAUACAAAUUAUACGCAUGCUCACUGGGCUUUCGCUUCCAUCGAUAACAGUUUCCAAGUGACUGUUAACGAUACUUACAAGCAACUGGACGAUUUCCUCCAGCUUCCUCAGAAACGAAUUCUGUCAUUUGGUGGCUGGGGUUUCUCGACGUCGCCUGCAACUUACGAUAAACUACGCCAAGCCAUGUAUCCAACUCAUGUCAACAAGUUUGUGGAUAGUAUUGUUAAAUAUCUCAACCAAAAAGGCUUUGAUGGCGUUGACAUAGAUUGGGAGUAUCCAGGGGCGCCUGAUAUCCCUGGGAUUCCAGCCGGUCUAAAAUCCGAUGGACCCAACUACCUCACUUUCCUCCAAAAGCUUCGAGCCAAGCUGCCUGCGUCAAAAUCUCUGUCCAUAGCGGCACCGGCUUCCUACUGGUAUCUAAAGUCAUUCCCCAUCGCGGCCAUGGCUAAAGUGGUUGACUAUAUUGUAUACAUGACAUAUGAUCUUCACGGACAAUGGGACUACGACAGCCACUGGGCUCAAGAUGGGUGUCUCUCUGGAAACUGCUUACGAGGGCACGCGAACUUAACAGAAACAAAAUACGCACUAGCCAUGAUCACCAAAGCAGGCGUGGAUGCCCGCAAAGUUGUUGUAGGGCUUUCGAGCUACGCGCGGUCAUUUGGCCUGGUCAAUAGAGCUGCGUGCGAGAAGAGUUUGAACGAUCCUUUGUGUAGGUUCAAAGGCCCCAACUCAACGGCGACUCCAGGAGAGUGCACAGGGACUGCCGGCUACAUCUCCAAUGCUGAACUCCAAGAAAUCAUCGACCUGGACUCCAAUGAUACUCGCGUCGAUUACGACCCACAAAGUGACACAUACAUGGUAUUUUACGGAUCAAAUUGGGCGGCCUAUAUGCCGGAUGAAUCGAAAGCCUUCCGUACAGCCCUUUACAAGGCAUCCAACCUUGGCGGCACAGUGGAUUGGGCCGUUGAUCUCCAGGAAUACACCGAUGAUAGUCUCGAUCCCUACGACGAUGACGGUGAUCUCCCAUAUACAGAUCCUCUGCCACCAUGCAACGACGAAUACGAAACAAUGGAAGCGUUAGACGCAGCAACUGGAAACAUCCCCGAACACUGUAUAACACUCUAUACAUUGACUGCGCUCAAUCACCUGCUCAAACAAAGCUUGAGCAAUUAUACGGACAUGAUGUCUCAUGGAUAUGACGACAAAUUCAAUGUGUAUGCUCAAUCAGUCGCCGCGCAGGCAGGUUCUACGCUUCGCAAUUGGGUCAAUACCAACGGAACAAAUUACUUCACGUGUGAAGUUGCCGAGACUGCGAUUUGUUGCGACUCGUGUAAGCUCAACCAGAGGCGCCCUAGCGAGUGUGAUUAUUGCUUCAACGAUGAUUGCUAUCACUAUGUUCACUCUGGCGAUUUUGGUCCUCCAACCCCAGUGUUGCGGACAAAGGUAUACAACGAAUCGGAGCCCUGUCCACCAGAUUACUCCAAACGAGGAUAUGGGCCGGAUGACCCGUAUGAGCAGUCGGUUUACUGGACAUUUUCCAACGAAACCGGCUUUUAUGCAGACAUGGAGUCGGAUACAGGCAUCUCGAAAAACAAGACCGAGAUUGGUAAUUAUAAUCGUGGGAAUCCCUGUGCGCCGUCGUCUAAACCAGACGACUCGUGUUGGGCCGCUGGCAUUGACUACAAUGUGCCCUUAAUCAAUGGAUACUCUGCUUCAGAUGUAGCCAACCCCAAAGAAAUCGUAAAGAAGGGCCUCGAAAAUGCGGAAACCCUUGGGCCGCAGAUCGAUAGCAUCAUCACUACUCUCAAGCUUGACGGCUGGAUUGGCGAAGGCUCCGACUUGAUUGACAGUCUCAGCAUGCCGAUUUUCAUGAUUGCCUCUGCCACAGAGAAGAUGGGCUUGGUGGAAAGCAUCGCAGACAAAAUUGAGGAAGAGAAGAGGAAGGCAUUUAUUCUUGAGUUCUUGACAGCCAUUUUUCUCUUCAUCCCGAUUGUUGGAGAGAUUGUUGGCUCUGUGGCAGAACUUGCCGAUGUGGCAGUCAUUAUGGGCUUGAUUGGAGCCGCGGGCAAUGCCGGAAUGGACAUUUACACCAUUGUCGACGAUCCACAUAACGCACCACUGGCUAUAUUCGAUCUCAUAUUGAGUCCGCUUGCGCUUGGGGAUGUGGCCAAGAUCAACAAGGCGGCGAACAUCCGACGAGGGAUGAAGGGGGAUGAAGUGGCUAAGUUGGGCGACGGCAUCAAGUCGAGGAUGGACACCAUUGAGAAGGUAAAGGGAAAAUGUGUGACACGAUAACCAAAAUCUUGCACUGGGCUGAAUGGAUGUAUUCAAAAAGAGUAAGUUGAGCGAGGGUACGUUAGUGAAGAGAGGGGAGGGUUUUAUUUCUGUUGUUACUGAUAGAUUUUGCUUCUUCUUUUCCCUGUUUUAUGUUAUCAGUGCAGAGGCUCGG